AUGGUGAGAACUCAUGGUGCUUCCUCUAAGAAGAUCCCUACUUCUCAAUCCCGAAAGGUGCCCUCUCCAUCGCCACCUCCAUCUGUCUCAACGGUGGCUCCAUCUGUUCCAGCACCUGCCCCAUCUGUUGGAAAGACUUACAAAUCCAAGGCACGCAAGAAGGUGUUCUCUCUCUCUCAUGAACACCCCAUGGUGUUUCCAGAUAUCUCAGCUGACAUUGUCGAUGUUGCACCACCAUCUGAAGUGGUGGUGCCCUCUCGAGCCAAAGACCCAUCUCCUCUUCCGAUUGAUUCUUCUCUGCCGGCUAGGGCAAAAUCAAAAUCUGUUUCAUCUUCUUCCAAAGCUGUUGCUGCUGCGUUGGUCAAAUUGCCCUUGAAGUCGAGCCAGUCCAAGAAAAAUUCUGUGACUCCCAAAAGGAAAUUGGGGUUGGACACGUCUUCUUCCCCCUUGACUGCUGCCAAGAAAAGAUUGAAGGCUCAUCCCCCAUCUCUGUCUUCCUCCGAAUCUGACCCUGAGGAAGAAAAGUCGGAAUCUGAAGCAACCCGUGAUACCACAUUGUCUGAUGAAAUGGUUCCUGACAAUGCAGAAUCAGAGGCUGAGUUUGAUGAGCCAGAAAAAGAAGACAUUGUCCCCUCUGAACAAGAAGUCGAAUCUGACUCAGAACCAAUUGCAACUCCUUUGUCAUCCAAGGCUAAAGGAAAGAGGCCAACUUCUGAUCAUUCACCUUCUCCUAAACGUUCAGUCAAGGAAUUCUAUGCCAAUCUUACUAAUGAAAUUAUAGAACCUAAAUCUUCUCUGUAUAAUAAAGUGUUUGUUAGGGGCCAUUGGUUCUCUUUUUCUCCUCAAGACAUUGCCCUUGCUUUGCAUCUUCCCCUUGAUGUCGAGGAUGAUGAUGAUGUUGCCUCUCUUGACAAGGAUACGGUUAUCACUGAAUUGGUAGGGCAAAAAAUGGUAUGGCCAUCUAAUACAGUCAUCUCGGUCUCUAAUCUCACCUACACUUAUGUUGUCCUCCAUAAGUUUGCCACAACGAAUUGGAAGCCCACUUCUCACACUGCCACUAUCUCUUUUGAUAUGGCUUCAUUUUUGUACAAGGUGGGGACCGGUCUUGGUAUAAAUUUGGCUUUGAAAAAAGAUCUCCAGCGUGAUCAAGAAGACUUGGUGGCUCCCACUACUGCUGCUUCCUACAAGGCCUCUGCUCCUCCUUCUAAAGCCACUGAUGUUCCAUCAACCAAGAAAGUCAAGCCCCAAUCUCUGAAGUUUUCCUCGGAUGACAUUCCUCAUGCGUCCUCCUCUGUUGCCACAGAUUCAGGACUUGUUGCAACAGAAAUAGCUGCUGUUAGAGCCUCUGUUGACUCUUUGGCUGCUCGAGUGAUGUCCAUUGAAGGACUGCAACGUUCUGUGUUGGAGGUUGUUCAAUCUCUGUCCAAAGAUCCAGUUGUUUAG